AUGGCGGGACGGACCGCGAUGCGGACCCCUGAACCGCCCGACCGCGACGAACACGAAGAUUCACCGCCACGGUUGUCGAGACCGCGACGCACCACCAGACCACCAAAUGGUUAUGCUCGGGAGCAAGAGAUCAACAAUGAGCAGAGAAAGACACGCUCUCAACAGAGGAAGAAAACCCAGGACAACCCAGCAACCCAGCCUGACGCGGUCACUUCGGACGACUCCGCGACGGAGAGCGAGGACCUCAACACCGCCACACUCGUGAAGGAGCUCAUCAAACUCAGGCGAGAGAUCAGACGACGCGAUGAUUUGCACAAGGAAGAGCUUCAGAAAGUCAAAGAAGAAUUUAGCAUCGCUCUCGCCGAAGUCCGACACGAGCUACAGACCCUGACAGAUAGACCCCCGACACCGCAAUCCCACGCCCAGGCAUGCGCUCAGAACGGUCACGAUGAGAUCCUCCGCGAGAUUCAAUCCCUGCGCGAUGUCAUCAGUCCUUCCGUUCCCACUGGCUCCCCGUCCUAUGCAGAUGUCGCCCGCACUCCUCCACUCAGUCACCCGAGCAACAUACGAACGCUCUCAACAUCGAAUACAACACCAACCACGUUCACCGACACGUUAUAUUGUACGAUAGACACCUCGAAGAUGGCAGAAAAUGAAAACGAGAGGAUGUCCGCAGGCCCAAUACGGGCGGCGGUGGAGACAGAGAUUCGGACGAUGGAAGGCCACACGCACUGGCGCUGUCGCGCUGUCACCGUGGACCCGAAGAAUACCAACCGAAUCAGAAUAGCGUGCCGCGACGAAGAUGAACACCACCUGGUCAAGAAAGUGGCGGAAGCCAAGAUCGGCGCGGGAGCCCGGGUACUCCGUGACGAGCUCUACCCGAUCAAAGUUGACAGCGUCAACAAGGCCGCGGUGCUAGACGAGAAAGAUGAGAUCCGAGCCGAAGCCGCAGCAACCCUCAGCGAAGAGAAUGAAGCUUCUGUGGCUAAGAUUGCAUGGCUCAGCAGAAAGGAUAAUGCGAAGGCGUAUGGGUCCAUGGUAGUAUACUUAACCAAAGGCACUGACGCACGGAGGCUCCUGGCUGACGGGUUCUUUCACGCUGGGGGAGAAUCUGGCGUGACCAGCACCUUCGAGUAUCGACCUCGACCGAUGCAAUGUUACAAUUGCCAGGAAAUUGGACACAAGGCAUUCCAGUGCAAGAACAGCCAGAAGUGCGCCAAGUGCGCCGCGGAGGGCCACCGCCACAGCAGCUGCGACCAAACGGUUCCGAACGUCCGAAUCAUUCAACUGAAUGUGAGGAAACAGGGAGCAGUGCAUGACAGUUUGGUGAACGAUGAAGAGACACGGGACGCAGUGGCACUCGCGAUUCAGGAACCCCAAGCGAGGAGAAUCCAAGGGCGGCUCCUGACAACCCCGAUGGCACAUCACAAAUGGACCAAGAUGGUUCCCUCCGCUUGGAGGGAGGGCCGAUGGGCAAUCCGAAGCAUGCUGUGGGUAAAUAAGGAUGUGGAAGCGGAGCAAGUGCCGAUCGAGUCGCCGGACCUGACCGCAGCGGUCAUCCGCCUCCCGGAGCGCCUGAUAUUUAUGGCAUCGGUCUACGUAGAGGGCGGAGAUGCCGUAGCGUUGGACGACGCAUGUGAUCGCCUCAGAAAAGCAAUCAGUAAGGUACGGCAAGACGCGGGAACGGUGGUGGAGAUCAUGAUCGUGGGAGACUUUAACCGCCACGAUCAGCUCUGGGGAGGAGACGAAGUGUCUUUGACAAGACAGGGAGAGGCGGAUCCAAUCAUCGACCUCAUGAACGAAUUUUCUCUUAGCAGCCUACUCAAACGAGGCACCAAGACAUGGCACGGCGGAGGACAGAAUGGGGACUGCGAGUCCACGAUCGACCUCGUCCUGGCCUCAGAAAACUUGACACAAUCUAUGGUCAAAUGUGCGAUACAUGGGACAGAGCACGGCUCGGACCACUGCGCCAUUGACACCGUUUUUGACGCCCCGUGGCCGGCUCCACAACAUCCAGAGCGACUUUUGCUGAAAAAUGCGCCAUGGAAGGAAAUCAAUGCCCGGAUUGCGACGGCGCUCGCCGCCACCCCGUCGGAAGGCACGGUGCAGCAGAAAACCGACCGACUCAUGUCUGUGGUGUCGGAGGCGGUGCAUGCUUUGACGCCGAGGGCCAAACCGUCGCCACACGCAAAGCGAUGGUGGACGGCGGACCUAACACAACUCCGCCAGAUAUACACAUAUUGGAGAAACCACGCCCGCUCGGAGCGACGGGCAGGGCGAAAGGUGCCGCAUCUGGAGAACAUGGCCGCGAGUGCAGCGAAACAAUACCACGAUGCAAUACGGAAACAAAAGAAGAAGCACUGGAAUGAGUUUCUGGCCGACAACGAUAAUAUAUGGGAAGCCGCGAAAUACCUAAAGUCGGGAGAUGAUGCAGCAUUCGGGAAGGUCCCACAGCUCCUCAGGGCGGAUGGAACUAUGACCGCCGAUCACAAAGAGCAAGCGGAGGAACUGCUGACCAAAUUCUUCCCGCCACUGCCGGACAGAAUUGACGAUGAAGGGACCAGACCACAGAGAGCGCCCGUGGAGAUGUCUGCCAUCACUAUGGAAGAGGUCGAACGACAGCUGUUGGCGACAAAGUCUUGGAAAGCACCAGGUGAAGAUGGCCUACCAGCGAUAGUGUGGAAGAUGACGUGGCCCGUGGUCAAACACGGGGUCCUGGAGCUGUUCCAAGCGUCGCUGGAUGAAGGCACAUUGCCCAAGCAGUGGAGACAUGCGAAGAUCAUACCGCUCAAAAAACCGAACAAAGAGAACUAUACGAUUGCGAAGGCCUGGAGGCCGAUUUCACUCCUCACGACACUGGGCAAGGUGCUGGAAUCAGUCAUCGCAGAAAGAAUCUCACACGCGAUGGAAACCUACGGCCACUUCCGACCAGCCACUUUGGGGCUCGUAAGCAGCGGUCAGCGGAGCAAGCUCUCUUACUUUUGCAAGAGCAAAUCUACGCGGCAUGGCGUGGCCGACGGGUCUUGA